AACCCGCAAGCCUUCAUCAUGUCAGAGGCCGACCCAUACAAGUGGUCCUCUGCGGAUACUGUCGAGUUCUUACAGCAAAACCAGCUCAGUAGUCUUGCCCAGCAAUGGUCCACCAACGAUCUUGAUGGCCAAAUGCUCCUCCGAUACGUAGAUCUCGCCCUUCUGAAAGACGAGUUUGGCAUUGUUGGCUUGAAAGAGCGCAUGUGCAUCAUGAACAAGGUUCAUACACUGCGCAUGUCUUCCUCGGCGUAUGCCGAGAGCUUGCGCUUCAGCGAUAUGUCAUCAGCACCGCUGCUACCUACCUCCCACCUCUCCAGUCCACAGAGUCCCACAGAGCCUGUUGGAAGCAGAGUCCGCAAAGGAGAGGAGCUGGUCGAAGACUCUGGCGGUCGCAAACGCCGCAGAUUGAACCUCGACACCACUCACGACGGUGCUCAACCCGGAGCAUCCGAAAGUCCGAUCGUCACGACCCAGCCCACGAUCCAGCCCGCAUCAGAGCCCACUGCACGAUCAACAGCCCUCGCGGUACGUUCUGGUUUUCUACGUCCCAAGAAACACACCGUCGACGAGAUAUUUUAUGGAGACACCACCUACGGCUCAGAACUCAAACACACCGAGGCCGAGGACGAUGACUCUUACGACAACUUCACCAUUUUCGGUAAAAGCGAGUUUCCAGGCCAUGCUUCGUUCGUCUACCGUCGACUGCAGCAUGCCUUCCAGCAUCUCGACCCGCAGCUCAUCACAUACCAUCGCAACCCCGCCCUAUCAGUCUAUCCAUACCCCGAAAGCUUGCUCGAAGACAAGGACGCCAGAUCCGUUACUGUUUUUGAGUCUUCGGAGAGUGGCGUCAAAGUCAUCCGUGAGAAAGCUCAAAUGUUGGCUUUUCAACAACACGACGUAGUGGACACGCAGAUGAGUCCUGGCGAGUUCGGCUACCUCCUCGACAAAUACGGAGGAUCUGAUGAACUCUUACCCACGUACGGAGAGUCAGAACAUGACUCAGACUCAGCAGACUCAGCAGACGAACAGAACGCCGACCAUGAGGAUUCUGACAGCGGAUCUGACGAUAACAUGGCAGAGGAAGACCUCGCUGUCGAAGCCCCUAUUCUCUGUCAUGAACUCGUCAUUUCUCUGAUCGACAAGACCAUUGAGCUACAGGCCCAGGCUUGGCGUGACAACCAGCAACCCAAGCUCGACAAGAAGGAAGCACGCCGUGUCUGGCGUGUUGCGAAGNGCAAUCCGAAGACGGUUCGCGCCUUGACCCAGGGCGCGACCAAGGCAAUUGAGCAUCUCAAUGCGAGACUUGAGCGUUUCAAGAACAAUCUCAUGGACCGCACUUGGGAAGACGAGCAAGAGGUCGAGCAAGCUUGCGUGACUCUGGAACCCACCAUCAACGACCGUGAGCACGAGGAAUGGAAGACUCGGAUUUGGACACUCAAGAUGGAGCCUGCAGCUACAUCAAGGAGUUCCAAGCCAUCUGGCAGAGGCCAUCAUGGUCCUUCGAAAAGAGCUCUUGACCAUGAGCUAUCAGACGAAGACAUGCAGGACUUCAUUGUCAACGACGAGAACUUCGAAGACGCUAGAGAAAGCCAAGACGAUCAUGAUUCUGAACCCGAUCAUGACUCUGAACCCGAUCAUGACAUGCAAGACUCUCCGUCCCAGAACGGCCUGCGAAUCGAAACAACGACGUCCAGCCAGGACAAUCAAGACGUCACUACAAUGGCCGACGAAAACAUGCCCGAUGCGAUCGAGGUACCCGCUGACUUUGAGCACGAGACCUCACGUCAUGGAUCUGUCGGAAGCGAGCCGCCCCAGCAAUUGGCCGAUAUGGACAAGACCUCUGAGGCUAUGCAGACACCGCAGAAGAAUAGACCCACUGCUGGUCUGGAGCCCGAGCAGGAGUCUCCUGGCAUGCCUACGCUUGCGGAGUUGAUCCAGUCAAGAUCGUCGACUGCGCAUAAGAACACAACAGUCAUCGAGAUAACGUCGAGCCCUGUGCGACCCAUUGCGGCACAUGACACGACUCAACCAUAUCCCCUACAGAGUCUCGAUGUGAAGCAAGAGCAGGGAAGGUACACAGCGAUCACUUAUUCGGCAAACCCAGACAAUGAUUCCUUCGCACAGAUCCGAAGCUGGACUUUCGAAGGUCUUGAGGAAGAACAAGACCGAAGACGAAUUAUGAUUAAGAUUGCGUCCAUGCUCCACAACGACCAGAUUGAGGCACUUGCGCGUUUAUUCACCGGCAACAUGGCGAAGUUCUUCGAAAAGAUCAGAGCUGCUCUCUCUGUUAUANAACGAGGGAAAGAGGUCUUCAAUGGCUUUGACGAAACUGACAUCGAAGCCAUGCGAUAUGCAGCCAGACUUUACUUGUGCUUCCUCCACGCAGACCACAGAUUCUUCGAUUCGGACAUAUCGGAGUUUCCUUCCUUCGAACAUGAAUGGCCAUGGGAUGGUGACGGUGAAAGUGAUUACGCGGACGAUCUGCGCGCCUGGCACGAGUACGCCUGGAGGGCACUGAAGCGAUUCAGGAAGACUCCCAUGCCUAAGGGCCACGAGUUUAUUGAUAUUAGCGACGAUGAACCGAUUGAAAUUGACAAGUCAGGUCAUUCAAGCGUGCGUAGGAAGAAAGUCAACAGAGACCAGGAUGCCGUCAGAAAACGCGCCAAGGCAGCCGAGAGAGCCGCCAACUACGAAUCUCAGCAUCAGUACAGCCAAACUGGAUCGUUCAUGGCCGGCGAGGAUGGAGUGAAUGAGGUGCCUCUCUAUGCGCCAGAUGACGUGGACCCCUCGAAGUAUGUGUAUCUCAACUACAACAUCGCCAAACGCCUAAAGCCACAUCAGAUUGAGGGCGUCAAGUUUAUGUGGAGAGAAAUCACUGCGCCUGAAGACGAAGACGGCCAAGGCUGUCUGCUGGCUCACACGAUGGGCUUGGGCAAGACAGCUCAGAGUCUAGCGCUCCUUACGGCAGUAGCUGAGACUGCGAAGGACAUGGAAAAGCGCUCCGUUCUUCCUGACGAUCUGAGAAAGGCUAAGAACAAGCUCAGAGCGCUCAUACUGUGUCCACCAUCUCUCCUGGCGAACUGGAAGCGAGAGAUUGCUACUUGGUGCCCUAACAAGCUGUUCAACGUCUUCAGCUUGAACAGCGAGGUCUCAGCCAAAGCAAUGAGACUUGAUGAGCUCAAAAGCUGGCGCCAUCUUGGCGGUAUCAUGCUCUGUGGUUACAACAUGUUUACCAGAUUGAUCAAUGGCCAGAGCAGCAAGAAGGAGGCUUUUAAUGAAGAAGAACAGAAACUGGUUACCAGAAUUCUUCUUCAAAAGUCACAUAUCGUCAUUGCCGAUGAAGUGCACUCAAUCAAGAAUGACUCAAGCAAGACAUCUCUGGCUGUUCAUAAAAUCAAGACUCUACGUCGCAUCGGCCUGACAGGCUCACCUAUGAGCAACAACACUGCAGAGAUCUUCGCUUUGAUUGACUGGGUCGCACCCCAGUUCCUCGGCAGCAAAGUCGAGUUCAAAGCAGACUAUCAAGAACCAAUCGAAGCAGGAACCUACAUUGACAGCACUGGAUAUGAAGUCCGGAGGUCCUUGAAAAAGCUUGCAGCAUUGAAAGAGAUCAUCACCCCGAAGUUGAACCGUGCCGACAUCACGGUCCUCAAGGGCUCGCUCAAGAGCAAGGUGGAAUUCGUCCUGACAGUCCCUUUGACUGAUGUGCAGAAAUUGGGCUACGAGACUUAUGUCAAAGAAAUCCUCCAUGGCAAGGCCGGUGAAGAAGGCACAACAAUCACGCAGGUAAAGCUCUUUGGUUGGUUAUCUAUCUUGCAGUUGCUGUGCAAUCACCCCAUCAUUACUGGAACAGCCCACACGCCUGACGAUUUACCAGUGGGCGGAGACGACGCAGCAUACGCAGAUGCGCAUAUCUCUCAGUAUGACAUCAAUAAGGUUGUCGUUGAAGCAUUGCUCAAAGUUGUUCCUGAAGACGAUUCUAUCGAGUUGUCUUACAAAACCCUGCUUGUCCAAAAGAUUAUGCGUCUUUCGAUCGAAGCUGGCGACAAGGUCCUUAUCUUUUCUCAGAGCAUUCCCUCCCUGAAUUUCUUGGACCGCAUGCUAUCAAGCAUAGACGCCAGAUAUGGUCGCAUCCAAGGAGAUGUCGCUCAGGACAAGCGCGAAAGGGUGUUGAAGUUGAUGGCUGAUGGAAAACUCGAUGUCUUACUCGUAUCCACUCGUGCUGGAGGCCUUGGCCUGAACAUCCAACAGGCCAAUCGCGUUAUCAUCUUCGACUUUGCUUUCAACCCGACCUGGGAAGAACAAGCAAUCGGAAGAGCUUAUCGUCUGGGACAGACGAAGCCCGUAUUCGUCUACCGUUUCGUCGCUGGUGGUACUUUCGAAUUCGCACUCUAUGACAAGCAGCUGUUCAAGACGGGUCUCUCUUCUCGCGUGGUCGACAAGAAGAACCCCAUGCGCAACGCCAUCAAGAAGCCGGGCGAUUGGUUGAAGCCACCAUUUGAUGUUUUACAACAAGACAUUAGUGCUGAAAUUGGCAAAGACGAACACGUCAUGGACAAGAUCAUUACUAACCAGCAUGGCGGUCAGGACGAGUUCAUUCGUAGUAUCAAAACCAUGGAGACUCUUAUGGGAGAGUCUAAGGACGAAGCUUUGACUGCAGAGGAGAUGCAGGAGGUGGAACUUGAGGUGUUGCGCGCAAAGACUCGCAAGCUGGCUGGUGUCCCCGAGAGCCGUGCGACAUUGGUGCUACCUCCUUCGGGUCCACGUUCGACUGGUUUCAUCUUGCCUGAAUCAGACGCACCUUCAACUGUGCCUCGAUCAGAGCCUACUAAUCCGAUCAGCUCACCACCUACUCCGAGUAGAAGAGUGGUCUCGAAGUAUUGA